AUGCGCGUUGUGCGGUGGCGCCAUGCCAGCAAUAACCGCGGGCUGCUGGAAUCCGGCGCGACCGUUACCAUGGCUUCUCUUCGCUCCUUGUUCGUCCUCGCUCUGAUCCUCGUCUCCCUUCCCGCACUCUACGCCGCGUCCGCGCCACUGCGGGGCGAUGUCGCUGCUGGGGGAAGCGCUGGCGAGGACGCGGCGAGUUGGGGCCGCAUGCUGCUGGAAGCGAGCGGCGGUGACGUGGACGUGGGUGUCGAGGAGGAGGAGGUGGGGGAGGCGACGGACGGGCUGGACGAGGCGGUGCGGGUGCUGCUGAGCUGGAAGAAGAUCAAGAACGGGAUCAAGAACGCGGCGGGCAAGGCGGGAGGGCUGGCGAAGAAGGUGGUGCAGAAGGGCGGCGUUGAAGCGCUCAAGGCGGCGGCCAAGGGGUACAGCAACGGCGGCAUGAAGGGCGCGCUCAAGGCCGGCGGUACCUCGUUUGCUAGCACAGCAAAAACCAUGGCGUAG